AUGCAUAAGUGGAAACAUAAAAUUUCAAGACUUUAUAAAUUAAAUAAUAAAAUAAUGAAGAUUGAUAUUUCUGAUGUACAUGAAGCAUCAUAAGCCUUGUUAGGAAUAAGUUAAGAAUUAACAAAUUGUGGAAAAUUAGAAUAAAUUCUUUUAAAUGUUUGUGUUGAUUAUUCUGAGUAAUAAUAUGAGGAUUUAGGAAAAGCAAUCAAAUAAUGCAAGAUGAUUAACCUAUUCAUAAAUAAUCCAUUUCAUACUCCUAAUCUUAAAAAAUUUAUUAAGUAGAUUUCUUAUUUAAAUAAAGUAGAGCUUUUAGAAUUAUAUUUAUAAUAAAAUUGGUAUAAUAAGAAUCUAUCUUUGUAUUUCGAAAAUUUGCAAGAAAUAGCCAAACUUUCUAAUUUAAAGACUUUAAUAAUAUCAUUAAAUAAUUCAAGAGAAUUUAUUAACAUGAAAUCUGAUGUUAAAAAAAUCUAAUAAUUUGGUGAUCAAAUUUCUAAUUUAAAAAAUCUAAUAUACAUUAAAAUAGAUUUUGGACCAAUAAACACCUACAAUAAAUAUAGUGGAGUAGAAUUAGAUAAUUAAAUUAUCUUACCACUUAGAUCUUUUUUUAUUAAAAAUAAAAAAAUCAUAUUAAUCAAAAUAAGUUAUAAUAGAUUUGAUCCAUAUGAGGGUUCAACUUAUGAAUGA